AUGGCUUCGAAAAAGACGAAAGCGGCCACCUCUGCUGCCGACGACAACCUCGAUGAGCUCUUCCAAGGCAUCGGGGACGACGCCAAGUCCAAGAAAUCGUCAAACCCCAAGUCUACCAAAACGGCUUCAUCAGCGUCCAAGACACAGGACGAUGAUGACAUCCUGGCUGACCUCGAGUCUCAGCUUGCGUCUGAGCAGCCAGCAUCACGUCCGCACACUCCCCGAGGUGUUAGACGGCCAGCUGGCACACCCCCAGUUGGCGACGACAAGGCCACAGCAGCAGCAGCACCAGCGCCUAGUGUUCGCAAGUCUACCGAAAGUGCCAGAAGCUUGAGAGCGAACUUGACGCCUAGCGCCACUAGCUCUGAGCUUCCUGAGGCCGAGAAGAAGGUUGUCGCUGAGCCACCUCAACAGCAGAGCGGCGGAGGAUGGUGGGGAGGCAUCCUGUCAACGGCUACUGGCGUCAUGAAGCAGGCUGAAAAUGCCUACAAAGAGAUUCAACAAAAUGAAGAAGCAAAGAAAUGGGCUGACCAAGUUCGGGGCUUAUCAGGGGGCAUCGAUGUUGGGGCUCUGCGUAACUAUGGUGACGAGUUGCGAAGCCGAGCGUUGCCUACGUUUACCAACAUCCUCCAUACUCUUGCACCGCCAAUUUCGUCCCACGAGAGACUCAUGAUUCACAUUACCCAUGAUCUUGUCGGAUAUCCGUCGUUGGACCCCUUGGUCCACGGAGUCUUUUCCCGUGUCAUGUCGCAAGUCGAAGGCGGCGACUUACUCGUUGUACAGCGAGGCCGCGAGAGCAGCUCUGGACGCUACAGCGAUGGCUCUGCGGGCUGGCGUGAUGGUCCCUGGUGGCGCCAGACUGAUUCCACUCGAGAGCUUGGACUGGUGAAGGGCAUGAUUGAGGGUACCAAGCUGUGCCGUGCCGGCGCCGAGUCGUAUGCGAAUGAAUACUUUGCCUCCCACGGGGGCAUUGAGCAAGCCAAGACUCGGGCUACAGAAGAUCUGAGCGAGAGCAAUCCGGUGCGGACUUCAGAUAUCUUCUUGUCUGUGCAGGCCAUCUCUACAGACAGCGACAAGGCAUUGUUUGCUGGCUCCGCCUCGGCAGUGAAGGAGAAGGAGACAUCGGCUGUAAAGGAGCAGGACGAUACGGAUGAACUUGUGUGCUUUGCCGUCUAUGUUCUCGACCCGAUUCACGAGAUUGAAUUUUCAACAGUCAGCCAGAGUGUUCCUUCAAAAUGGGUACGCUGGCUGGACGCUGCCUCUCCCCUGACUCCCCGUUCCGGCGACGAAAGCCAGGACAACCCCUUCGACGCCGGUAUCCCAGAAGACAUCAAGGAUAUUAUCGAAAGUGGCGGUGUCGAUCCACGCGAGUGGGUGGCCGAAUGGAUCGAGGAGACGUUGUGUCUGUCAGUAGGUGUAGUUGCCCAGCGAUACGUUGCCCGACGAAUGGGUGUGGGCGAAGGGGGUCUUGGGCGAGGCAAGAAGAGGGUGGAUGAGCUUGUUGAGGCCAAUGCUGGAGAGGUGGCAAGAGCUGGGAUAAUCUAG